CAGGAACAGAUCAGAGUGAGAAGCGAAGGAGGCACAUGCGGACAUGAGUGGGGUUUAAACUGAACAUGGCAUGCUGGUACUGGAGAACAGAUGAUGCCGUCCAUCAGUGUGGAGACGGUUACAGAGCCGUCUCUAAGGCCGGGCGGUGAUGAAACCUGUCAGGCUGAGUGAGAAGCUCUGCGUUUUAACAAGAGGAACCAGCUUUCCACCACAUCGAGCCAAACGAGGUGGUUUGGUGAAACACCGUCCCCAAGGCGAGGUCAGGAACAUGUCCAACUAGAGGGUCCCGGCCCGCAGGAAACCUACCAUGACGUCGCUUAAAGAGGAUCUCUGGAAGACCCUGGAGGACCUGACUGAGGAGGAGUUCAAGAAGUUCAAGUGGCUGCUGAAAGACGCAGGGAAUGAUUGCUAUGCCAUCCCGACGGCCCGGCUGGAGAAGGCAGACCGGCCGGACACGGUGGACCUGGUGGUGCAACGGUACGACCGGGUCAAAUCUCUGAGGAUGUCCGCGCAGCUUUUGGAGAAGAUCGGCAGGAACGAUCUGGCGCAACGCUUGUCAAACACAAGCUCCGCGGAGACAGGCCCGAGGAUCAUCGACGGCGGCCAUUCAGACUGUGACAGCGAGAAGCAGAAGGCCAGACUGAGGGAAACAAAGGCGGAAAUUAGGCUGAAAAUACAAGAGAGACAGAUUAAGAUCAACGAGAUCAAGCGUUCAGCUGAGCUAAGCAGGAAGACUGCAGAGCGGCAGACCGCAGAGAGUCGGCGCGCCUUCACUGUUUUCAUUCAGUCGGUCGAGAAGAGUCUGUCGGAUCUCACCGAAGCCAUUGAGGAAAAGCAGAAAACUGCCCAGCGACAAGCUGAGGAGCUCAUCCAAGAGCUGGAGCAGGAAAUCUCAGAGCUCAGCAGGAGAGAAGCUGAACCAGAACAUCCUUCCUUCACAGAAGACAACCAGAAGUUUCUCCGACAUUUGGAAACCUCCAACCGGACAGCGGUCCCCGUUCCCCAAACGUCGUACGGAGCAAGCGUGUGGACCUCGGUGGAGAAACUGAAGGAAAUACUCAACGAAGAGAUGGAGAAGCUGCUCGGCAAAGCCAAGCUGAUCGGAAUGCAGCAGUUCGCGGUAGACGUGACUCUGGACCCAAACACGGCACAUCCCAACCUGGUCCUAACUCAGGACGCCAAACAAGUCCACUGCGGCGCUGCUAAGCUGAACGUCCCGGACAACCCGGAGCGGUUUGACACUGCCGUCAACGUGUUGGGCAGGCCGGGCUUCUCCUCGGGAAAGGCUUACUUCGAGGUUCAGGUGAGAGGGAAAACCGCCUGGGAUUUGGGAGUCGUCUACAAGUCGAUUAGCCGGAAAGGAUCGGUCACGGCGAGCCCGGACGGCGGCCACUGGACCGUCUGCCUGAGGGGGGGAGACACGUUCAAGGCCAGAGGUUUGCACCGGAGCGUGAAGGCUCCGCUGAACAAAGUGGGGGUUUUCGUGGAUUACGAGCGGGGCUCGAUCCGGUUUUAUGACGCGGAUUCUGCAGAGGUGAUUCACAGAUUUUCAGACUGCUCCUUUACAGAGACGCUUUAUCCGUUCUUCAGCCCCGGCGUUGGUCACGGAGGUCUGAACUCCACCCCUCUGGUCAUCUCGCCUCUCAGCUCUGCUGCUUAAGCUGCAUCCGAGCCCUCAGCUGUCGGCUACGUUAAGGUCCAACUCCCAGAACUCAUGCUUGGAUUGCUUGAGAAAAUAGACUGAUUUGUUGUAAUACCUCUCUUUGCUACUAGCUCCUCUCUAUUCAGACUGAAAUGAAAGUGUUGCAUGCUGGUCUCCCUGAAAAGUGUCAUUUUUUCUUCUUUCAGCUGCUCCCCUCUGGGGUUCCCUACCUGCCUCCAUCCCACCUUAUCCUUUGCACCUUCUACCGUAUCUCCACGUCUAUGGCCCUUCUCUGGGGUCUUUCUCUGUCCCUCUUGUCCAACAUUUCUUCUCAGAACAGGUCCAAACCAUUUCCACCUUUCCUUUAAGUUGGACUCAGCAGACGUUAUCUCCAAGCGGUCCAGCCUGAGCGGUUGCUCUGAUCUGCUCAUUUUCAGUCCUUUCCUGUCUGGUGGCCCUCAGUGGCUCUGUUUACAUGCACAAAAUGUUACGAUCGGCUUAAAAUGUUUUCAGACUGAAUAAUCGGAUUGUACCGUUUAUAUGGGCACACGAUCAAUUACUCCGAUUAUAAUGUGUGUUUAUCUGCACAUGGCUUUAUUAAGUAUAGAACCACUCUGACAUGAGCAGUUAUCAAAU